GGACUGUGUGUAUGAGUGUUGAAAGCAGAAUUUCCACACGACCCUGGCGAAAAUAUAAAAACUCACAGUUACAUGUUCCACAUUACACUUAAGGACAACAACAGAGAAGCAAAACACUUACAGGAUCAUGAGACUUUACAUCCUUUUCGGUUUUCUGCUUUUGGCUGUGAUUUGCAGCUGUGGUGUUGAUGCUAGUCAAGUGAAAUUUGGCCCCCUCUGCAGUGGUAACCCAAGUAACCACAUAAGAGAAUGUGAUAAGAAAGGCUGUGGAGCCUACGGAGCCCCUCGUAAUAAUGGGAAAGGGAAACAUGAGGGUCUUGACAUUGUGUGUGCUGAUGGAGCCACAGUUUUCGCUCCAUUUGACGUGAAGCUGAACGGCAAAGCUGUACCAUACCGAGUGAACAAUGCUAUCAAUGAUGGAGUUAAUUUGAGCGGAGGAGGUCUCUGCUUCAAGCUGUUCUAUGUUAAGCCGAUCAAAUACUCUGGGACCCUGAAGAAAGGGCAGAAGAUUGGAACUCUGCUCCCAAUGCAGAAGGUUUAUCCUGGCAUCACUUCCCACGUUCAUGUUCAAAUGUGUGACAGAUCAGAUCCUACCAAGUACUUCUGAGCUGAUGGCCACCUGCAGACCACUUCAGAUCUUGUGCCAUUUAUAUCAGCUUUCUUUCUUUAUGCUGGUGCCUUGCACUUUGCAAUCUAAUAAUAAAGUUCUGAAGACUAUUA